AAUAAAAAAAAACACACACCACAUUCUCGAUAACUCAUUCAGUUACUUUCGCCAUGUCCUUCGUUCGUGUCGCCACCCGCUCUCUUGUAGCUGCUCCCAUUAAGGCUGCCAUGCGCCCUGCCCUUCCCGUCAUGGCCGUCCGCACCUUCAUCACACCUUCCAUGCCUGUCCAGAAGGAUGUCAUUCAGGACCUUUACCUUAAGGAAUUGAAGAACUACAAGCCUGCCCCCGUUACCAAGGGUUCUGAGGAAGGUCAAGUCAAGGACCUCAAGCUUCCCCCCACUCCUGCUGCCCCCGUUGUUGAGGAUCUUACCGAAGAGCUCGCUAACUACGACAAGGAGAUUGAAGAGCCCGUUGCUGAAGAAGCUGAGGAGGCUGCUCAUUAAAUGUGGAUAUAAUACUCGGUCGACCCCGGUAACAAGUGCAACAUUAGAAGUUACAAAUGGACGGUGCGCAUGUUUAAUAUAACCAAACACCAAUGUU